AUGUCCUCCGGUUCUUCAGGCAACAAUGGCACUCUGGUAGUAGCUGGCCCUGACACCAUACAAGUCGCCGACUUCUACGUCAAAGCCUCUAUUCUGCAUCCUCUGGUCAUUGGCUCGAUUGCCAUUAUUGUGCUCUUCACCUCACUACGAUUCUUCAGCAAUCGCUCCAUCGCAGCCAUGAACGUAACAGAUUGGAUUGCAAACGUUGCCAUCGGCAGUACACUGGCUGGAAUCUGUAACGGCAAUUCGCUCGUCCGAGGCAUGCUGUCACUUGCUACUAUCCUCGGCUUUCAGUAUUUGAUGUCUUUCGUCGGCUCUCGUCUGCCUUCCAAGCACGGAUGGUUACUGACUUCGCCUCCCAUCAUGAUUGCUUUCCGUGGCAAGCUCUUGACUAAAGUCAUGGUUCGACACCGUAUCUGCCUGGGCGACUUUUACACAUCCCUACGCCAGAAGAAUAUACUGGAUGUGUCGGAGAUUGAAUGUGUUUUCAUCGAAGCCAAUGGAUCUUUCUCAAUCUACACAAGGAAGCAAGUCGGCAAUUGUAAGGAGGUGGAUGUGCUUCUCCAGGUGCCGAGCUAUAAAGCACUGUGCGAAGAUGCCGAGCAGAGAGUUCAAAAGAACGAUGGAGGUAAAGAAGGCAAGGACUGCUGCGACGACCAACAGAAUGAUCUUGCCUCCGAAGCCUGCUGA